AUGAAAUCCAAUCAAAAUAAACCAAAUCCAUUUUUAUAUGCUAAUAAAUGGUCACGACUUUUUCAUAAUUGGAUAGAAAAAUUAAUUAAUAUAAGUCAUAAACAAGGAACAAUUUAUUUACAUAAUGUUUAUGAUAUUCUUUCUAAACAUGAAUCAAAUAAACUUUCCGAAAAAUUAGAAAAUUAUUGGUUUGAUGAAUUAAAACGAUGCCCAAAUAAGCCGAGUCUUUUUCGUGCUACAGUUUAUACUGUAGGAUGGACACCACUCAUCAUCGGUCUCUUAUUUAUUCCUAUUAAAUUAGCAAUUAUUAGUCAACCAUUAUUAAUUAUAUAUUUGAUGGAUUUCUUUGAGCCAUGUUCUACUAUAUCACUUCAAUUAGUAUGUCUUCUUGCUAUUCUUAGUUGUUUAGCUGCUUUAUGUCAUAGUUUUUGCCAUCAUAGAUUUUAUUAUUUAAUUGAAAUAUUUGCUAUGAAAAUGCGUGUUGCUUACCAUGGUUUGAUCUUUCGUAAAGUUCUUCGUUUAUCAAGUAAUUCUUUAAAUGCAUUUAGUUCAGGUGAAAUAACUAAUUCAUUCUCAAAUGAUGCUAGUCAAAUAGAACUAAUUCUCAAUUCUCUGAAUUAUCUAUGGACUUCACCUAUGGAUAUAAUUGCUAUGAUAAUUUUCUUUUGGUAUUUUAUUAACUAUGUAUCAUUGAUUGCUAUUGGUUAUACUAUAGUAAUUAUAUUACUUACAUCUCUUAUAGGUCAUUUGUUAGUUUAUUUUCGAACAAAAAUUUUACAAGUUACAGAUGAACGUGUUAAAAUCAUGUCUGAAAUUAUAAAAUCAAUACGUAUUAUAAAAAUGUAUUGUUGGGAAGUAGCAUUUAAUAAAAAAAUUCGUUCUGUGAGAAAAUAUGAAAUUAUUCGUUAUUCUAUUCGUUUAAUUUUUGAUUCUAUUCAACAAAUUGUUAUACAUACGUAUACUUGUGUAGCAUUUUUAAUUAUAUAUGGAACAAUGUGGUCACUUGAUAUGAACUUUGAUAUAAGAUUAUAUGCUGUUGCUUCUUGUAUGUUAAAUUAUUUAGAAAUAUCUUUGAUGGAUUUUAGUAUAGUAAUACAUGAUUUUGUUCAUUAUUUAACUGCAGAAAAACGAAUACAAAAAUUUCUGUUACUUGAUGAAUUUAAAAUAGAUCAUCGUUUAAGAUCAACAUCAUUUAGAACAGUCGAAGAUGACAUAGAUAAAGAAGAUAAGAAGAUGAUGCAAUUGUCAAGAAUUGAAUGCUAUAUAAAACAAGCAUAUUGGGAAGAUAAUGGAUUAUUUUUUCUUAAAAAUAUCUUUUUUAAUGCUUAUCCAGGUGAUUUGAUCUGCAUUAUUGGAUCUAUUGGAUCGGGCAAAAGUUCUCUUUUACAAACAUUAACAGACGAAAUAACUUUUUUUGAUGGUAACAUUAAAUUACAAGGUUCAUUUUGUUAUGUACCACAAGAACCUUGGAUAUUUUCAUCAACAAUAAAGGAAAAUAUUCUUUUUGGUAAAGAAUAUAAUCCUCAACUCUUUCGACGUGAUUUGGUUCAAUUAUCAAAUGGAAUUAAUACUCUAGUUGGUGAUCAAGGUGUUAUGCUAUCUGGAGGUCAAAAAGCACGUAUAAAUAUGGCAAGAGCACUUUAUCGUGAUACGAAUAUCUAUUUAUUAGAUGAUCCUCUUUCUGCUGUGGAUGUUGAAGUUUCUAAACAUUUAUUCAAAAGAUGUAUUAAAGAUUAUCUUCGUGAAAAAAUCUGUAUUCUAGUUACUCAUCAAAUACAGUUUUUGCAAGAUUCAACAAAAAUUAUUGUUCUUAAUAAUGGUGAAAUGGUACAAACUGGUACAUAUACAGAAUUACUUGAAUCUUCAUCCUUCAGUCGUUUGUUGAAUUAUAUAAAUCAACAAGAAAAAAAUGAAUAUUUGAUUGAUACUCAAGAAAAAUGUUUCUCUCGACAUGGAUCUUUAUCUGAAACUACAAAUGAAGAAGAAGAAUUAUUAAUCUCAGAAAAUUUAGAAAUAAAAGAGAAAGGUUCAGUAAAAUGGCAGGUUUAUAUUGAAUAUUUACGAGCAGGUGUUGGUCAUAUUCUUGGUUUGAUUUUAUUAAUAUUAGUAUUUGGUAUACGUGAAGCAAUAUUUAUUUUCUGUAAUUGGUGGUUAGCAGAAUGGAGUGAAGAUGAAGGUUAUCGACAUAAUCAAUUAAGAAAUUGUACUGAAACUAAAAAUAAGAAAAUGAAUAUAAUACAUUCAAUGAAUGAUGUUGAAUGGACUAAUCAUAAAAAUAGAAGAUUCUAUAUCUAUUGUGGUAUUACAUUAGUUCUUUUGAUACUAAGUCUAUUUCGUACUGUCGCUCUGAAAUUCAUAUGUUUAAAUGCUAGUCGAGUACUUCAUAAUAAAAUGUUUCAAAGACUUAUUCAUUGUCCUAUUUCAUUUUUUGAUUUUAAUCCUAUCGGUCGAAUAUUGAAUCGUUUUACAAAGGAUAUAGCUAUUAUCGAUGAAGAAUUAUCUGCAACUCUUUAUGACUUUUUACGCUGUUUUUUUCAAGUAUUAGGUGUAAUUGUUCUUGUUAGUUGGCUUAAUCCAUGGUCAUUUAUACCAGCUACAAUAGCAGCUAUUGCUAUGUUAUAUAUUCGACAUUGUUUUGCUCAAUGUUCGCGAGAUCUUAAACGACUUGAAGGCAUAACACGAAGUCCAUUUUAUUCUUAUUUAACAUCAACUAUUCAUGGACUUAAAGUUAUUCGAUCUUAUCAUGCUGAAAAAAUAUGUUUAAAAGAAUUUUUCUCUCAUCUUGAUGAUAAUACACGUACUAAUUAUUUAUUUUUAACAACUAAUCGAUGGGCUGCUAUUCGAUUCGAUUGGAUCACACUUUUCUUUGUUAGUAUUGUAACUCUACUUGCUAUAAUUGUACGUGUUAUUGGUCGUCAAUUUUCGGCUGCAGAUAUUGCGUUAACACUCUCAUAUAGUCUCAAUUUAAUGGGUCUUUUACAAUGGACUAUUAGACAAUCAGUUGAAACCGAAACAAAAAUGACAUCAGUCGAACGAAUACUUGAAUAUUGUUCACUUGAUCAAGAAUCAUCUGUUCAGCAAUUAUCUAAAUAUCGACCACCAAUAAAUUGGCCAUCACAAGGUCGUAUUGUAUUUGACAAUGUUUCUAUGUCUUAUUUUAAAGAAACAAAUUCACCUUGUGCUCUUCAUGAAAUUUCAUUAAUAAUUGAACCUUGUGAAAAAAUUGGUAUUGUUGGAAGAACAGGUGCUGGUAAAAGUUCAUUUAUUCAAGCUCUUUUUCGAAUGGGUAUACUUGUUAAUGGUCAUAUUAUUAUUGAUAAUAUUGAUAUAACAACAAUUGGAUUAGAUGAUGUUCGACGUCGUAUUUCAAUUAUUCCACAAGAUCCCGUUCUUUUUACUGGUACAAUGAGAAGUAAUCUUGAUCCAUUUGGUUUUUAUUCAGAUGUUGAAAUAUGGAAUGCACUUGAACAAGUACAAUUGAAAAAAUUAGUAAGAGAUAAUAUGUCAAAUGGUCUUCAUUCAUUAGUGAGUGAAUGUGGAUCGAAUUUAAGUGUUGGUCAAAAACAAUUAGUAUGUUUAGCAAGAGCUAUACUGAAAAAAAGUAAAAUUCUUGUGAUUGAUGAAGCAACUGCUAAUGUUGAUCAUGUAACUGAUGAAUUAAUUCAAAGAGCAAUUCGUGAUAAAUUUAAAGAAUGUACAGUAUUGACAAUAGCACAUCGAUUGCGUACAGUAAUUGAUAGUGAUCGUAUUAUGGUGCUUAGUAAUGGAAAAUUAGUCGAAUUUGAUUCACCUGAAAUAUUACUGUCGAAUACUCAAUCUCAUUUUACUAGUUUAGUACAACAAACAGGAACUAUUGAAGCUGAAUAUCUUCGAACAGUAGCAAGUUUAGCUUCAUUAAAAAUUAAGUCCAACGUUUCUUUAUGUUAUUCAGAAUAA